AUGGACACCAACAUGGAGGACGUCGGGAAGCUGCCCGAGCCCAGCCAGCUGUCCUCCCUCAAGUCGGAACCCACCACCAUCCCCACGCUGGAUGGCUGGAUCGAGAGCCUGAUGAGCUGCAAGCAGCUUAAGGAGGAGGACGUCCAGCGACUUUGUGACAAGGCCCGUGAGGUGCUUCAGGAAGAGUCCAACGUCCAGCCCGUGAAAUGCCCCGUCACCGUGUGCGGUGACAUCCACGGCCAGUUCCACGAUCUGAUGGAGCUGUUCAAGAUCGGAGGCCCCAACCCCGAUACCAACUACUUGUUCAUGGGCGACUACGUCGACCGUGGCUACUUCUCCGUUGAGACCGUCACCCUCCUUGUUGCCCUUAAGAUUCGCUACCCCCAACGCAUCACCAUCCUGCGUGGCAACCACGAGUCCCGCCAGAUUACCCAGGUCUACGGCUUCUACGACGAGUGCUUGCGCAAGUACGGCAACGCCAACGUCUGGAAGUACUUCACCGACCUCUUUGACUACCUCCCCCUCACCGCUCUUAUCGACGGCCAGAUCUUCUGUCUCCACGGCGGUCUCUCCCCUAGCAUUGACACGCUGGACAACAUUCGCGCGCUGGACAGGAUACAAGAGGUGCCUCACGAGGGUCCCAUGUGCGACCUUCUCUGGUCCGACCCCGACGACAGGUGCGGCUGGGGAAUUUCGCCCAGAGGUGCGGGAUACACGUUCGGCCAGGACAUCUCGGAGGCGUUCAACCACAACAACGGCCUCACGCUCGUUGCGCGCGCCCACCAGCUGGUCAUGGAGGGUUACAACUGGUCUCAGGAUAGGAACGUGGUGACAAUCUUCUCAGCACCCAACUACUGCUACAGGUGCGGUAACCAGGCCGCCAUCAUGGAGAUUGAUGAGCAUCUGAAGUAUACUUUCCUUCAGUUUGACCCGUGCCCGAGAGCUGGCGAGCCCAUGGUGUCGCGCAGGACGCCUGACUACUUCCUCUAG